AGAUUAGCAGAAGAUUCUGGAGUACAGGUCGGAGUCCUCGAGGCUGGAUACUUUCAUCUUGGGGAUCCCAUUGUUGAUAUACCUGGUAUGCGUCAGAAACACAACUUCUCGUAUGACUGGGGCUUUGUCACGACAACUCAGCCAAAUGCCGGUGGACGAAACAUCUCUCUCCCUAGAGGCAAGAUGCUAGGUGGCUCAAGUGGUAUCAACGGCAUGGCGACAAAUCGCGCUUCUAGAGUGGAAUACGAUACGUGGAGUGAAUUUGCUCCAGAAAACGACUGGACCUGGGAUGGGUUAUUGCCAUAUUUCAAGAAG